AUGCUUGGACUACCCUUUACAUCCGUAGCCGUACAUCCCAUCACUCCUCCUCUUUUACGCGCCAAUGAUCUCGGUCUUCUUGACGAGCCAAUAUUCACCAUCUAUUUCAAAAACGUUGGGGAACAGGAGGAUGUUUAUGGUGGUACUAUAACGUAUGGAGGAUUAGAUCUUGAUCAUUGCGAAAACUUAAUCACAUAUGAGCCUUUGACUUCUGCUCAGUCGUGGCAGUUCAGGCUAAGGAAUGUCUAUGCUAAAAGCUUCUCAUCUAGUAAAGGAUGGGAAGCUCUAUCUGACACUUCUAAUGCGUUCAAUGGUUGCCCACCAGCGAUCCUUGAAAAGAUCGCAAAGCAGUAUGAUGGCAAG